AUACAAACAAGAAAUGGUCAAUACAAUGGGCAGUUGCUAUUGUUUCUACUGAACCUUUAUCACACCAUAAAACCCCAAAUCAAAAAUUGGGUCAUCCCAAUAGCUAAAUUUUGGAAAAUGGUGUUAGGUCAUGUUCUUGUUCUGGUACUAAUUAGUGUCUUCAGCAGAGUCAAGUCCCAAUCAAUCAUCAAGACUUUACCUGGGUUUGAUGGAGAUCUCCCAUUCAAUCUUGAAACAGGGUAUGUUGGUGUUGGCUACAAGGAUGAGGUCCAACUUUUCUACUACUUCUUUGAGUCAGAAAGGAAUCCAAAAGAUGACCCUCUUGUGCUAUGGCUCACAGGAGGACCUGGCUGCUCUGUGCUUUCUGCUAUUACAUAUCAAAAUGGUCCACUAACUUUUAAUUAUGCAAACUCCAGUGGAAGCAUACCAAAACUCAUGCUGAACCCACAUUCUUGGACAAAGGUUGCAAAUAUAAUUUAUUUAGAUGCACCUGUGGGUAGUGGAUUCUCAUACUCAACAACAUGGGAAGGAUACAAAACAGGUGAUCUAUCUUCAGCAGCACAAACCUAUGAUUUUCUGACAAAGUGGCUCAUGGCGCACCCCAAAUUUCUCUCAAAUCCAUUCUACGUUGGUAGUGAUUCUUAUGGCGGCAUAAUUGCUCCAAUCAUCGUUCAGAAAAUUUUCCAUGGGAAUGAUAAAGGGAAUAAGCCUCCAGUGAACCUCAAAGGAUGUAUAUUGGGCAAUCCCCUUACCGAUUUUAAGUACGAUUUGAACUCAAGAAUAGAAUAUGCACACCAGAAGGAACUAAUUUCUGACAAACUUUAUGAGUCAACUAAGAAAAAUUGCAAGGGCGAGUAUAUCAAUCCAGAUCGAAGCAAAGAAAUAUGCAUCAGCAAUCUUCAAGCUGUGAAUAAGUCCUUUGAGAACUUAUACAUGUUCAAUAUAUUGGAACCCGAAUGUACUACGUGGGAUCUCAGUUCUUUUAUGGGAGAGAACGAUAUCUUCACAAUCAUGAAAAACUUGGACGUCUUGACAAAGUCUCAGCAUUCUAAAAGAUGGUGUCGCGAUUAUAUGCUAUUGUAUUCUCACAUUUGGGCUAAUAAUAAGAAUGUCCGAAGUGCUCUUCAUGUACGAGAGGGAACUAUAAAGGAGUGGCCAAGAUGCAAUCUUAGCAUGUGGUAUGAAAUUGAUGUUCGAAGCAGUCUUGAGUAUCAAACAAUGCUCACCAAGAGGGGCUACCGUGUUUUGAUUUACAGUGGUGAUCAUGACUUGGCUAUUCCAUAUUUGGGUACUCUUGCUUGGAUACAGUCUCUAAAUUUGACAGUAACCGAAGAUUGGCUGCCAUGGUCGGUUGACGAUCAGAUUGCUGGCAAUACAAUUACCUAUUCAAAGGGCAAAUACAAUUUGACAUUUGCAACUGUUAAGGGAGGGGGUCACACAGCUUCAGAAUUAAAGCCUAAGGAGGUUUUCGCCAUGAUUGAUAGGUGGUUGGCUUAUAAUUCACUGUAGCAAUUUAGUUCUUUGUGUUGAUCAGAACAGAGCACCUAUAUAAAUGCGGGAAUUAAAGCUUAUAAAAACCUUUAAUAAAACUAAAUAAAGAAAAGCUGGUCCUGGGGAUCUGCUUUUUACUCUCA